AUGGAAAGAUCUUUUAAUAAAAAAUCGAAAAUAGUUUAUAACCUGAGAAAAGAAAGCUUCACUUCUAUCGAAUCUUGGGAAAAUUUAAGUGAAGAUAUUUCGAGUGAAACAGAAGAAUUCUCAGAUGAAUUAUUCGUAGAAACUGAAGAUUCGGAUAGCAAAGUUGAUCACACCAUUCCUAUGGAUGAUGAAGAACAUGAAACUGAAAAUCCUCAUCAACUCGAAGAAAAUGGCGAAACGAACAACGCUAAAACAUCAGUAAUGGAAUUAGAAAAUAAAAAACAGAGUUUAUACCAACCAGCUUCAGCAGCUGGAUAUGAUAUAUUUUGUGUUAAAGGCUUUGAAAUUAAGCCCAAUGAACAUAAAGUGAUAUUUACAGAUCUGGCCUUAGAAAUGCCAAAUAACUGCUAUGCUAGAAUAGCUCCAAAAUCUUCUUUAUCAUUAAAUAAUAUUAUCAUCAAUGCAGGAGUUAUUGACUGUGACUAUCGUGGAAACAUCAGGGUCCUAAUGUAUAAUUUUGGAUCGGAAAUUAUUAUUUUUGAACCUGGAUCGGCCAUUGCCGAAAUAAUCUUCGAACAAAUUAUGCAUCCGACUUUUAUAGAAAAAACAGAUUCAUUAGACAUCACUGACAGAAAUGAAAAAGGCUUUGGAGAAUGUAGCAAAAUUGCUUUUUCUCAAAAUAAAGAAUUUGGGGAUUGUGACAACAUACUCCUUUCUGAAAAAGAAGAAGAAAAUUUUGACUGCGAUGAAAUUACCUUAUCUCAAAAAGUAGAUUGUAACGAAAUUACUUUAUCUGAAAAAGAAGAUUUUGGAGACUGA